UGUUUAUAGAUUAUUAUUAGUCAGGAUAUUCAUUAAUCCAUAGUAAACUCAACUUUUAAUUUCCUAAUUUUUUAUAAUAGGUUUAAUUGGAGCAGGAAUAAAUUAUUCUGAACGACAAUAUGAAAACCAAAUGAACUCUCAUUGCCAUUCUAAUAGUUAUCCAUCCUAUCAGCCUUCGUCUCCAUAUCGUCCUCAUCCAAUAUCUCCACAAGCUCAUACUCAUCAAUAUAACAGUCACGGGAAUCAUCAGAUGCACUCAGGUAUGGUAUAUGGCACUGGUCAUCAGUUGGGACCAUAUGCUUCAGCACCACAAGCACAUUUUGGGACUCAAACUCAAGAUAUAUACAGCAAUCGCCGUAACAUGUUCAGCAAUGGAAAUCGUAAUGUACAGCAAGUAAAAACAGCUUGGGUAGAUAGUGGAAACAGUGGAAAUAGUGAUUUAAUACAGAAUUUUAGUCAGUCUUCUCCACGUCCAACAAUGCUUGUUAAUUCCCCACAUAUGCCUCCUCCAUCUUUGCGUUCACCUCCACAUGGGGUUGUUAGCAGUACAGCAACUUCAUCUCUUGUACCAACUCAUCAUCAUUAUCGGUCUUUGCCUGUUGGAACCUCCCCUAAUCAAUCUCCUCAUUCCUGGUCUCAAACUCAAAUACCAAGCCCAAGUUUGCUUCAUUCUCCACGUGCUACACCAUCUCCUCUUCCAAAUCAUGCAAGAUCACCAGGACAUAAUCAGCCUUUUUCUCCACCUCCAACAACUCCUUCUCCUCAUCAUGCUUCAACAUCUGCUACUUCACAUCAAACAUCACAAGUAAAGGUUGCGUCUCCAUCAAGUAGUAAUUGUCAGACUAUAAAUCAGUCAGGAUCUGAUCCUUUACAGUCAUUGCAAAAAAUGGUUAUGUUAGAAACUGAUACAAAUGAAUCUCCAAUGACAAGAGUUAAUUAUGAAGUACCAAAUUCUCACAAUAAUCCUCAAACAACUAGGUGUUAUUUCUCUUCAGUUGAACAAUUAGCUGGAAGUAAUCCAGGAUCACCAUAUCCAACUUACUAUAACUUAGAUCAAAAUCGACUCUGUACUCCAUCAAGUGCACGUAUGUCAACACCUGCAACGCCCACAUAUUCAUCUGCUCCUGAUUCUGUAUCAAAUAGUUCUACUAGUAAUGACUCUAGAACUUCAUCCUGUACUGAAAAUAUAAUUGUUAAUCAACAAAAUGGAGAAGUUAAGCAUACAUCUAGUGCAGAAGUAAAUAGUGAAAAACUCAAUUCAGUUUCAAAAGAUAAAAUCAUAAAUGGAGAACAGGAAAUUGAUGUUGAUGAAACAACAUCAAAUUCUUUGCAAGAUUCAAAAGAUAAAUUAAUUCAGAAAAAAAUUGAAAUUUCCGAUUCUAAAGAAAACUGCAUAAAUUGGAAUAAAAAAUUUUCAGUAGGAGAAGAUUGUUCCACAAAUGAAAUCAAGCCUACAGCAAUUACUUCAUUCAAGAAUAAAAAAAUAAGCAAUGAUGAUGAUGAUGAUUCAGAUUUUUGUAAUUCACCACAAGAGACUGUUGUUGAAAAACAAUUAAAAAGUAAAACUAUUUUAUCUAAUAAAAGAAAUUUAGUUAUACAAGAAAUAUCUGUUUCAAAUGGACCUGCUUCUAAUUGUGGUGAUAAUGACAGUUAUUUACAAAAUACCCUGAACUGUGCAUCACCAAAAUGGAAUAAUAAUGAAUCCUGUGAUGAUAGUCAUGAUAUAGAAGAAAAGGAACAUUUAUCAGAGGAAAAUACUUUAGUUUUUUCCAAGCAAAAUUCUUUAGCGGGACUUUCAUCUCAACGAACAAGUACACAGUGUAAUUUAAUAUGGAUAAGGAAAGAUAUCAAAAAUAUUCAUAAAACUAUAGAAUUAUCUGAAAAUUUAAAUACAGAAGUGUCUAAUGAUGGGAAUGAAAAAAAUGACAGUGAUAGUAGUGAUGAGAAAGAGAGUUCUGAAAACUGCACAAAUAAAAUACAUGAUAAUAAAAUACCAUUAGCAACACAAAAAUUUGGAGAUUUUGGAAUUAGUAAUUUCUUGGGAAAAGAGGAAAAAAAAGAAAGUUGGAAACAUCCAGAUUUAUAUGUCGGACCUUCCCCAUCUGAUGAAAGAUCUGAUGAAAGCAUGUCAAAAGAAUCUAGUAUUGUAAAUACUUCUGCUCCAUUAAAAGCAACAUCUGAAUCAUUAAUUAUCCCUUUAAGUGAAAAUACACCAUCUGAUGAAUCAAAAUUAAAUAAAAAAUCCAAAAAUACUUCCAAAGAAAAGUUUACAAUAAAGGAAUCUUCAGAUACAACAAAUGAUGAUCAUACUCCAUCUCGUUCUCGAAGUUCUGAUAGUCCUCCAAAGAAAAAACGAGGUCGUCCAUUUGGAAGUAAGAAUAAACCUAAAUCUCAAAGCGAUAAGUCAGAUAAAAAGAAACGAAAAAAGGGUGAAGUUGUUGAUACAAAAGAAACAGAUCAAAAGAAAAAAAAUAAAGGAUUUAGUGGACCUCAUGUUCAUGUUGUCGGGACCAGAGACAAACCCCUUUCCAUAACUGUUGUAAAUGUAGCACCUAAAGAAGAAGAAAAAUAUGUAAAGUAUCAAAAACAAAAGAGGGAUUUUCAUACAGGAAAUAACUUACAUAAAAAGUUGGGAGUAGGACAUACCAGUACAUUAUCUCCACUUUAUGAUGCAUUCACAAAAGAUAAAACGUGGGUUUGUGCAUUAUGUCAAAAAGGUAGUCACUAUCGCAAUUUAGGAGAUUUAUUUGGUCCAUAUUAUUUCAAAGAGGAACAUAAUUUAACCAUGCCUUCAAACUGUUCAGCACCAGCAGAUAAUGUGAAAAAUGUGCAGAAAGAUGCUGCUGUUACUAGUAAAAAUGCAGCGUUAAAUCGAAAGGUUAGAUCAAAGAGGAAACGAUCUGAACUUGUUGAAGAAUUUAUAAAAACGUCAAUGUCCAAAAAAUCAAAGCAGGUAAUCAUAAUUAUAAAAUUAAUAAUUAAGGUUAAAAUUAAUUAAUUAAAUUAUUAUUAU